GGAGCUGGACGCACCUUGUUAAUUAGGAGACGCAAACGGUAGAAAUAAACCGUCUUGCAGGGAUUUCAGAUCCAAUAUUAGAACAAAUGCACCUAAGCUGACAGCAUCAGACGCUGCGUGAGAAGACAACGAAAGUUGCAAGCAGAUCCCUGCACCUGCGUGAACCUCUGGGGGCAACGCAUUGGAUCAUGGCAGGAUCAUGGCCUCAGUGAUUGAGUGACUAGAAAUCUUCCUAUGCCCACAGGGCUCCAGGGACACUGACUCAGCUUUCUUUCCAUCUCAGUCCUAUGGGCUGUUCGUAGUUGUCUUUUGAACAGACAAGCGGAUCCAUCUUGCAGAUGAAGUAUCCAUGCAGGAUGGGACUGAACUCCCACUGCUGCCCCCAGCUGUCUGAUAACUGCGGCAAGAAGGAGCGGGGGCUACACUCCCUUGAAUGCUGCCCUGCACGGUGGGCUUCUGGAGUCCCCUUAAUUAAUGAGCAAGCGAGCAGCUAAAAGUUCACCCUAUAACUUUGAUCCAGGUGUCAUUCAGGAAGACACACCAGGGAAUGAACUCCCCCCCCCCACACCCCCGACAGACACCAGAGAUUAUUCCAUCAGCAUAGCAUAGUCAGCCACACAAUUCCACCUCUAUGCUCAAAGCGGCCCCUGGUGACUGAUCAACAUCUGCACUGGAGGCGGCUGUUGCUCUGUGUUUCCAACCAAGCCACCCAGCUAGGGGAGAAGUAAGACAGAAUAGAAUCAGAUCAUGGUGACCAGAACUCAGAAGUUCAAAGCGUUUGUGUCUGAGCCAAUGGGCGAUAAGGACGUUACAGCAGUGGAUGGCAUUAACGACGAGCUUGGACUAAAAUUAGCCACAAAGGGUUUUGACAAGGCAUACAUCCUUCUGGGCCAGUUCCUCCUGUUAAAAAAGGACCAUGCGGUUUUCCAAAGGUGGCUGAAAGGGUCAUAUGGAGCCAGUCCGAGCCAGGCUCAGCAGUGUGCCUCCUGUCUAAUGGACUGGUGCUACGCUUUCCUCUAGGGAGCUGGCUGCUCAGCCCUCAUGGUGUGUUCUGCAGCCUGC